AUGCACUCUCUCAGCUCCAACAACACGCCGAGCCCUCAUCCGGCCACGCACCGCCACACGAACCACUCCUCGACACACACCUCGUCGCUGCUGCCGCCGACCGCUUCGCCGGUCUUACAGGCGUCUUGUAUGAGUGCAAAGGAAGACCACAUUGGCGCUGACGCGCAGGGUAUUCCAUCUUCAGCCCUCUUCACCCCAAAGCCGAGAAUUUUCGCGGUGCCAGCCAGCACCGAGUCCCCGCCAUCGCCCGGCGCAACUUGCCAUCACGCCCCCACCGGCGGUAUCAAUGUGAGCGCAGCAACCGGCGUCAGUGCAGCGCACCACAGCGAUUCAGGUAGCAACACCGCAGCACCCACCGCGUCAUCGUCGUCGCCAGCGCUUCAGAAACAGCAGCCGGAACAUUGCGUACCCGCUGCCUACCGUGGGAAGCUCGACGACGCUCCUCACGCUGUGGACGACAACAUGGAAGCUGUCAUUCUCAGCAAGGGCAGGAUCUGCACCCUUGCCUACUUCCCUAGUCGUGGCAGCUUCCGUAUCACGCACGUGUCAAGCAACGGCAAGACGCGCGUAGUCUUCAACAUCCCGGUGCGGAUGAUCAUCAACAUUGAGACCGCGGCCGAGCGUGACGCGCGGCAGCGAGCGCGCCAAGCGAACGACGAUACAAUCAAACUUGUCUUUGCCGAGAGCGGGCGUAACACGAGAAGUCUGCUCUGCAGUUUCCCCUCCGGCGCCGGCGAGGACAACGAAGGAGUGGUGCUUGCCCACUCCGUCAACACAGCUUCCCUCACGCUGAGCUUGCUGGGCGGGCCCCCUCCCACACCGACUGCGUCGCACUUCGGCGCGCACACAGCCGCUUGCGCGGCGGCCACGGCGGCGCCGAGCAUCCGUUACUAUGUCCACUACGUGCAGCAGCGCAACAAGGAGAACCCAUCUAUCCGCACGCUAGAGUUCCAGUCGAGCGGCCCGGCUGAGACGGUUCAGCAUGUUGUGUCAACGGUGGUGCAGCACAUCUACCAGAAAGGUUCGAAGCACAUCAUUGCCUUUAUUAGCGCCAAGUCAGGCAAAGGAAAGGGUGAGCACAUCUUCGAGAAGCACGUGCGCCCCCUGCUGCACUUCAGCCGCCACACAUACCAGGCUCACGUGACACGCCGCGCGCAUGACUGCGAGGACUACGUAGCAAACCUUGAGAACCCGAUGGACAGCAACACCGUCAUUGCCGCCGUUGGCGGAGACGGCAUGAUUCACGAAACUGUGAACGGCGUGCACCGCCGCAAGCUGGCGCUCGUGCGCUGGCUGCGCAGUGUGACAGCCAAUGUGAGCACCGGGAACGGGUCUGUCGUCUCUCCCGACUUGUCUGUCCAUCUGAACGAGGAGAGGUGUGCAGCGGUGCUACUCAAGUCGGGCAGCGCUAACAAAGUGGUGCACCACGGCGAGGCGAGCGUCGACUCUCCUUCUUCACCCUUCAUUGAGCUGGGUUGUGAAGAGAACAAGCGUGACGGUUACGGCGGAAACGGUGUGACGCCGUCGGCGGAGGCGACGGCCCGAGAGGCUUAUCGGCUUGCCCGCUGUCUGGUGCAAGGCGGCUGGGAUGCGCUGAUGCCGCUCGUUGCGACGGUGGCGACCGGAAGCGCCUGCGGCCUUGCCAAGAGCCUUGAUGUCCUCUCCGUCACCGAGGCAGCGCUGUCGCUAGUGCACCUGAGCACGGUGCACAUGGACCUGCUGCUGCUGAACUUCACCCCGAACGAGGAUAUGGUGGAGUUCCACCGCUGCCGUAUGAGCUCGAGGCGACUCGACGCCGCACAGCGCGAGUUCUCGCGGUACAAGGAAGACAAGGCGGCAGAGUUGCAGGAGCGAUCGCGGCUGGGGGAGGCGCCGCAGCUGCCUCCUCGAACGCUGACGGCAGCCGACUGUAUGACACCUUUCCUGAAGGAUGGCUCGAACGUCUACCGCGACGCCGUCAGCUGCGCGAUGCGGAUGCCGGAGUUGCACAGCCGUGUUGCCUUCAUGUCGCUGUCGUUUGGUUCCGCGAACGACAUCGACCACGGCUCGGAGUCGUUGCGUUGGAUGGGCAAUGCCCGCUUCCAGGUGUAUGGUGGGUACAUGAUACUGCGUGGCCUCAAGCGAUACAAGGGCAUGCUGCGCUACCUGCCGUGGGGGAGCAAGGCUGGCAAGACGGUGGAGAAGCUGCACACACGCUGCAAGAUGCCAUCGACAGAUGACUUUCCGCUCUGCACGAUGCGGGAGAGCUGCCCGCACUGCCGCCAGUAUGUGUUUGUCCACUGCGGCGCUCCGUCGCUCUCCUCAAUUCAAGGCGAUGACACACAUCCGGGCCCAACUCCAAACACCAGCCGAAGCACUGCCCAGCCCAUUAGUGCCGCCGAAGUUCUAGCCCCAUACACGGACCAGCAGUUGCUUGACGAGGACGUUGUGGACUUCAAGGAUGAGCGGCUGCCGUGGGUAACCGUUCGCGGUGAUUUCUGCAUCGCGCUCCUGUGCAACGUGCGGGAUGUGGCGCAGGACAUGCUCAUGGCGCCGUUAGCACACAUGUCGGAUGGCGCCAUCGAUAUAGUCUACUGCCGCGUCGACCCCAUCACGGGCCGCGGAGGGCGGAUGGAGAUGCUGAAGUUCGUUAUAGGUCUGGAAUCGGGUUCACACGUCAACCUCGACUUUGUGAACUACGUAAAGGCGCGCGCCUUGGAGAUCAAGGUGGACGCCGGCAUCUCGAUGUCGGACGGCGAGUUGAUGCCGCUCAGCUCCGUGCGCGUGACGAAGAUGCGCGGCAGCGUGCAGUUCGUGCGCAGUGGGUAG